AUGUUGAAAAGAGUUGAUCCUACCAACACAGUUCUCAUCACUUACUUACAAACCAUUGAUAUUUUUGUUGAAACCAGGGUUCUUUUGGCCAGAAAAGAAGAAAAGAAGACUAAACGUUCGAAGAAGGUUGUUGUUGAAUCUUCUAAGAAAUUUGUCAAAGAAUCUACAUCCACAAAAAGUCCAAAGAAAUUGUCAAUUACCGAAGCCGAGCCAUGGAAAUCAAAAGUUGUUGUUGCUGACACUCCAUCGACUCAAAAGGAAAUCAUUCCUUCGAAGACUGGUGUUUUUCGAAGAAUCAAGAUGAAGUCCAAGCAUAAGAGUCGAUCACCUCUCAUGAAUGUUGUUCGCAAACCACAGGUUUCGCAUCAAGGAGUUAUUUUUCGUGAGAUACCUGCCCCUACUUCACCGUCUUCUAAGAAGAGAAGGGUAACAUAUAUGGCUAAACACAUAUUGAAGAAGAAGAAGAAGGGCAGGGUGAUUAUUUCAUCAGAGUCUACUACUGAUGAAAAUGAAACAAUUCCAGAGACACCGGAAGCUGAUCUUUAA